AGGACGUAAAGGAUGUGUUGAAUACACCAUUUACCAUGGCAGAGGUGAAAAUGGCAAUAGGUAAGGCUGGGUUAACUUCACCUGGGAAAGAUGAGGUGUGCUAUAUUAUGUUGGCCCAUUUUAGUAAUGAGGCACUGGAUAAGCUAUUGGUGUUGUACAACAGAGUGUGGGAGGAGUGGAAACUACCAGGCAGCUGGAAGGAAGCAGGGGGCAUUUUGCUCUCGCGAUAUUCCCCGUACGUACUACGUGAUUACACGUCAAAGGAGCUGUGUUGGAGAAUCAUGGCGGAGCGCAGGAGGCAUAAGAAACGGAUCCAGGAGGUGAGUGAGCCCACCAAGGAGGAGAAGGCGGUGGCCAAGUACCUCCGCUUCAACUGCCCCACCAAGUCCACCAACAUGAUGGGCCACCGGGUGGACUACUUCAUCGCCUCCAAGGCGGUGGACUGUCUGCUGGACUCCAAGUGGGCCAAAGCCAAGAAGGGAGAGGAGGCAGUGUUCACCACCCGAGACUCUGUGGUGGACUACUGCAACAAGCUGCUGAAGAAGCAAUUCUUCCACCGUGCUCUGAAAGUCAUGAAGAAGAAGCCAGAGAAGGACAUCAAGAAAGACAAGGAGAAAGAAAAAGAGAAGAAGAAGGAUUCCAAGGAUGUAGAGGCUUCAGAUGUAAAGAAGGAGAAAGAGAAGAAGAAGGAUGUAGAGGCUUCAGAUGUAAAGAAGGAGAAAGAGAAGAAGAAGGAUGCAGAGGCUUCAGAUGUAAAGAAGGAAAAAGAGAAGAAGAAGGAUGCAGAGGCUUCAGAUGUAAAGAAGGAAAAGAGUGACGAUAGCCCCGGAACGCCAAAGAAGAAAAAAGACGUGAAGAAGAAAUUCAAACUGGAGCCUCAUGAGGAUCAGCUCUUCUUGGAUGGCAAUGAGGUAUUUGUUUGGAUCUACGACCCAGUCCAUUUUAAAACCUUUGCCAUGGGACUGAUUCUGGUAAUUGCAGUGAUCGCGGCCACUCUCUUCCCGCUGUGGCCGGCUGAGAUGCGUGUGGGUGUGUACUACCUGAGCGUGGCAGCAGGCUGUUUCGUGGCCAGUAUACUGCUGUUGGCUGUUGCUCGCUGCAUCCUGUUUGUGAUCAUCUGGCUGGUGACGGGCGGACGCCACCACUUCUGGUUCCUGCCCAACCUCACGGCUGACGUGGGCUUCAUCGACUCUUUCCGCCCGCUCUACACGCACGAGUACAAGGGCCCGCGGGACUCCAGCAAGAAGAGCCAGGACAAGACUGAGGGCAAGACCAGCGAUGAGAAGGAGGGUGACGGUGAGGAGGAGGAAGAGGAGGAAGGAGAAGAGGGCCCCUUGCCACAGGGGAUGGAAGAAGGCGAGGUGGCGAAGGGGACGGGGACGUCAGCGAGUACCGCUGAGCGCUCUGACACAGACAGCGACCGGCGUGAGGACGAGGGCUCGCAGCACAGCAAUGGAAAUGACUUUGAGAUGAUCACCCGCGAGGAGCUGGAGCAGCACACGGAGGAGGAGGAGGAAGAAGAAGGAGGAGGAGGAGAGGGGGAUGAAGGAGAGCAGGAAGGAGACGGUGAGAGAGAGCCCGUACCUGUUCAAACAUAAACAUUCUAUCACUGCCACCUCCUCCUCCUCCUCCACUCUCGUGCUCCUCCAAGGACAACCUCCCACCUCCUCCAGGUCUUGUCAACCUCGCUGAGGAGACAACUCCAUCUUGCCUGCUCCGAUCUUCCACCAACUAUACAGAUGCCAUGCCUGAGUAUCGACACUGGUGUCAAAUGGCUAUAACAUUGGAAAAGAGAAGCCUUAUUGUGGUUCUAAAAUCCCCAGCUUAUUUAAACUGAGAAAUGCAAACUAACUUAACAGAUGUUUGUCUGAGGAAGUUGUCACGUUAGUACUCCCGACUUUCCCCCUAUUUUUCGGUACUCACGUUAUGCCUGUUAUCCCAUAUCAUUCUAGUUAACUCAUCCACUCUGUGUUGUUUACCAUUGCUACAAUGCUUCCCUUGUAUGUCUCUUGUCAAUUUCCACAGGCGAGGGAAUUGGAGCUAUGGAAUCGUUUUUACUUGGGGAAGUACUGCCAUCUUGUCUACCUACCCCUCAAAUCCAGACUGUUGUUUUAUGAACAACGUGCGAUUUGUACAAUCAUGGUUAGGCUAAGCCCAGUGUUGUGUCCAGUAUCUGCAAAACACAGUAACUAAAUUGAAAUGGGAACCAAAAUAUACACAUUUUCACCAUUUCCCUUUGGUCUAUUGUCACCCAACUGGGCCAAGGUCCUGUACUAGCAGUGGCAUCUGGCCCUCUGUACACAGUUCAACUUGUUUUUUUAUGAGUCUGAUCUCUCCCUCGGCAGCCAUCGGACGUUACGAUUGACCAAUCGUUGGCUACGCCACUAUAACUAAUGUGGAUGGACCAAAAUCCAUAGUUUACCCCACCACAAAGACCUCACUUAUUGGGGGUUUUGCUGAAAUAUGUCUGGCGAGAGAACAAAAGAAUGAAAAAAAAAUGGCGGCGGCAGAUGAAAAUCAUUAACAAUAAACAGCCUUGUGGUUCUUUGCGGUACUUAUUUUCAAUGAGAAAUGUUUGGUUGAUAAUGAUCGGUUCUGUACACAAACACACACACACACACGUAAAACCAGAGCUUAUAAGAGUCAUGUCCAUUACAAGCAGUCGGACAACAAAAAUAAAAACAGGUCAUUUGAGAUGCCACUUUCUAGAAGAAAUGUAUUCUGAGGCCACGCACAUACAGACAGCAAAGAUGGAAUGGAAAACCUGUUCUUAAAGUUUUGUAUUCACCAUUUAGAAUCGGACAUCAAAAUUAAAGUGCCAAACACGUUAAUUGUUGUUACAAUGCAUGCUGUUUUCAUACGGGAACACAUGUCAAAAGUGUCAGCAAGGGAUUUUGGUACAUUUAUUCAUUUUUGUAACGAUUGUGUCAAAUUCCAAACCUUUUUGCACCUUAGAAACGCAGCACAGUAUAGGAGCCAAGACAUUAGUGUGUAGACAUCAAUCCCCUUCUCCCUUCAGUUCUAUCUAAGCCAUGCAAAGCAGGCAAUAUGUCCUGAAGCUUACUAUACUCAUUCUACGAUCGCUUGUAAUAGUAUUGUCAGUUCAACUCGGAUGCCCAUACUUUCAUGAUAGCUUUUGUUGUGUUGCCUUCAUUGGUAUUCUAGUCAUGCUAGCUGACAACGAUGGAGACCCAUGUGAAUGCAUGGGGACUUCAUUGGAAACCAAUGUGUUCGAGGUCCAAUUCUCUGUAGUGUUGCAUUAUGGGGGCUGUGGUCCAAUACUGUCUGUUCGUAAGGUUGCAUUCUUUUUGGCUGGAGUUGUUUUAGAAGCUAGUGAGGACGAUAUUUAAAAACAUAAAGAUGUCAUUUAUAUAAGGAAUUCUAUAUCAAAUAUAUUUUGAAUUGAUAAAUUAUGAGCCCGCUUGGUUCAACUUGAACAGAAUCCUUUUUUGGGGGGGUAUCAACUUAUUUUCAGUAAUGUUUAUUUAGUCUUUUUUCUUUUUUUUUUUUACUAUAAUUUUGACCACCAAUAGGCAUAUUGUCAAGAGUUUAUUGUACUCUCAUUAUUGGGGACUCUCACCAGAAAUGUUUAAUAUUUAAUGUGUGGAUCAGAUGGACUACCUAUUUUUGAUCUAGUUGAUAUUGAUUGAUUAUGUCAUUUAUUUUGUGGUAGAGGAAUGUAUAUAGAAAGCCUAGCUAUGUGGCUACUUACAGCAAGUCCCACAAACAUGUUUGCUUCUUGCCAUAAGUGAAUGAUUAACUUGUGGUUGAGAAACCCGUUAGCAGUGGAUUGCGUAAUAUUUUAUAUUGCUGUUCCACACACAAUGUUCUGGGAAGAAAGUUCACCCCGCUGUGGAAUGGUAGAGCGGAGCUUGUGAGAGCAAGGGAAAGAAGUCACUUGAUGAUUUGGAUAUCCCACACUCUACACAGAUGGACUUAAUGUCUAGACUGAGGAGUAUCUUCCAGACUCAUACCCUUUUCACACAAUCUUGUCAACCCAAACGGUAGUGCUGGCCGGUUCCUGGAACUAUGCUUGGAUGCGUAACCAGGCGAGCGCAGUGCAGCUCGGUGGUCAGUAGUGUGCAUGUCUUGCUUUCCCCGUUCUCAGAGCUUGUUGACCUCAGUAGAUCUCCAGCUUGUUUCUUCAUUGUCGUGUUUCCCUGAACUUUAUUCAACUGUGCGUGGCUCUUGUACAAUUACAAGUGUACUACUUACAACUGCACACUGUGUAGUUGGUCUCUUUUUAGUAUUAUUUUUUUGUGUGUGUUCAUUUUCAAUACUUUUCUGUUUCCUGAUGUCUUUUGGAGAGCAAGAGUGCAUUAGUACAUUCAGUCUGGAAUUCCAGAGUGGCCUCUGGGCGUUGGUAAAUUCAGAGCGUUUUUCAUUCAUCUCGGAGUAUUCAGGAUGCACACUAGACACUCUGACCGAGGAGGGUUGAUCCGAGCGUUCUGACCUCACAACAGUAGUCAAGCACCCAAGCUAACGUUGGCUAGCUUGCUAGCUACUUCCAGACACAAACCCCACUGAAAAUCUCUCGUCCUAGCAGAACUGAUUUAGGCUGUUUUCAUGUUAUCCAGAGCGUUGGUGACUAACUGCUGCUGGAAACAAUUGUAUUACGCUUUUUUUCCUGCCGACGUUUACUGACACCGGCCAUAUUCAACAGGUGUUGAGCGUUCGUAAAUUCAUCAGUUCUGCGCUCUGGCACAGUCAAACGAGAGUGCUCUGAAAUAGGAGGAGAUCGCUAGAGUGAAUUUACGAACGUGCCCCAAGUUGCCAGUAGCUGUAUUAUGAACUAUUUAAUGAAAAUCUCAUUGUUCUUGAGUCUUCUUCUUGCACAGUUACCAGUCGGUUGUAUAUUGUAGUAUUAAUCUAUACUGCUUUAUUCCAUUACAUUUCUGGAAGAAAAAAACGUCGUUUUAUCUGUUAAAUGUCAUUAGUCACUUAGUUGUUCAUAUUUGAAUCAAUAUCAUUGAGGACUGUCUCUUGCAAUAUUUCAAUAUAAUGUCAUUAAUUGAAUGUCUGGAAGUAUAUCUGUAUCUUAUUGCAAUAAAAAUAUAGAAAGCA